CUUCAACACCACAAUAGCGGGCAUGGACAGACAAUAAGCUGCCCACAACACAGUGUCCUUUUUUUGUUACGAUUUCUUUGUUCACUUUGUUCACUUUCUAAUAAUCACAUUGUCAAUCUGGUAUUGACUGUAUUUAUUCCCUUCAAUUGCCUCGAUUCAUAGCAAACAGCAAACACUUCGACUUGCGCCUCACCAAAUCAACUUACGACACCUAAUCUUGCCGGUCAAGAUCCCAAAAAACAAAACGACGAAUCAACACAUCUCGAUCAGCAUGCCUACCAACACCUUCAAGGCCGUUGCCGCCGCCCUGCUCAUUGGGCAGGCUACGGCGCACACCUGGCUUGAGCAGCUCAACGUCAUUUCCCAGGGUGGUACUUUUGUCGGCAACUACGGCUACCCUCGCGCGUUUGUCGCUCGUGAUGAUUCCGGCUUCAAUGGCGAGUCCAACGUUUACAUUCUGCCGGCCGCCGAUUCGGGUAGGACUCGUAUCAACGACUCUGACAAGCUCUGCAAGGACACGCAGCGCACAACGAGCACUCAGAACCAGAAGUGGCCGCGCCUUCAGGCCGCUGCCGGUGAUUACAUCGCCAUGAAGUAUUCCGAGAACGGUCACGUUACGCUUCCCGAAAACCAAGUGGGCAAGCCUCAGAAGGGUGGCACCGUUUUCCUUUACGGCACUUCGGAACCAAAGGACGAUGAGAAGCUUACCGAUGUCCUCAAGUGGACCAAGGAUGGCAAGGGUGGAGACGGACGCGGCAAGCUCCUUGGUACCAACAACUACGACGACGAGCGCUGCUACCAGAUCAACAAUAGCGAGAUUUCCAAGAACCGCCAGGAAAAAUUCCCGGAUCCCAACCCUGAUCAGCCCGACUCAGUGAACGAGCAGUACUGCGAGAGCAACUUGCAGAUCCCCACCGACGUCAAGUCGGGUAAGCCUUACACGGUCUAUUGGGUUUGGCAAUGGCCCACCGAGGCCGGCCAGGACCCGGCUCUUCCUGAUGGCAAGGACGAGUGGUACACGACCUGUUCCGAUAUCGACAUUAUUGCCAACAGCAACCUCAAGCAGUUCUCUUCCGGCAGCACUGAGCAGAAGUACAAGCUCGGCCAGCAGGACCCCCAAUCCAAGGCGGUCUCGGACUACCAGUCGCGCACUGCUCUGACCUCGGACCCCAGCCAGGGUAUGGGAGGUGCUGCAACGUCUGCCGGCGCAGCUACUUCGGCUGCCUCUAGUGCGGCGGCUACGCCUGCUGUCUCCACGCCUGCCGCCUCUACGCCUGCUGUCUCUACGCCUGUUGUUUCUACGCCUGUGGCGACUCCUACGACCCCGGCCUACACCAACAACAACGGUAACGGCAAUGCCGGUGAUGCCCCUCAGACUGUCUACAUCACCGUCACCGAGACUCCCUCUACUUCGAGCUUCGUUACCCAGAUGGUCACUGUCACCGCCGAGGUCCCUGUCGCUACGCUUCAGCAGACCACCACGACGACUCUGAACGCCAAUGUCAACUUUGCUGGCAAGAGCAAGCGCUCCUUCACCCCUCGUGCGGAGAGGCGCAAGGCCCGCCAGUCUGCCUCUGUCGACCCUGCCGACCAGCAGGCCGCUAAGGAGAUCUACUGCAAGCAGAACCCCUCGGAUAAGGGUGCCUGCCCCGAUGAGGAGGAGCAGGUUGAGGAGAUCGUCCGCCGCUCGACUUCCGAGACCGACGCCUCCACCCCCGCCUCAUCUAGCGCCUCUUCCGCAGUCGCAAUGCCUUCUUUGAUGAUGCUUUCAUGCUUUUUCACGAUUUUUGCCUACGCUUUCGCGUAGAUGACCACGAUCAUUACGACUACUACUACUACCUACACGAUCCUUACGACGAAGUGUUUGCAUAGCGAUGGCGUUUGAUUUUUGAUUUUUGCAUUUGCAUGACUGCGCUCCACUGGUUGGACCGCGACUUUUUGAUUUCAUGCGUCACACUCUUGGGCGGCUAGCUGCAUUUUCAAGGGAAGGUCAGCGCUUUUAGACGUCGGAUCACACGACUCAUUGAUGACGGACGGGGUGAACGCAUGGGUUCCUGGCUGGAACAACGAUACCCUUCUACAUACAUAGCUUAGCAUAUUUUAAAAUUCAGACUUGCA